CACUUGCGAGUAAGGUAGUAGCCUAUUGCCUACUACUCAGCGUGAGAGAGAGUGCAUGAGAAAUAGCGAGAGAGCGUGAAAGAGGAGAGAGAAGAGAGUGAAAAGCGCAAGUGGGAGAGAGAGUGGAGGAAGUACAGGAAAAAACUAAAGUGACUAUGGCCGUAUCAGCAACUCCCCCGGUGCUCUCCCCUACCUCCACUCCGGGGUCUGGAGGACUGUUUCGUUCCGAUCCCCUGUACACAAGCCCUGCCGAGUCCCCGAGACUGACCAGCAGCAUGAUCAACAAUUUCAUCAGCAGCGGAGGAGGCGGCGGGGGCAACGGCAACGGCACCAGCGUUAAUAACGAGUGUAAAAUGGUGGAGGUUCACGGGGUCAAGGUGGCUUCCUUCAACGUGGACGGACAGGAGCUGAUAUGCCUGCCGCAGGUUUUUGAUCUCUUCCUGAAGCACCUAGUCGGUGGACUGCACACUGUCUACACGAAGCUGAAGCGGCUGGAUAUAUCUCCCGUGGUGUGCACCGUGGAGCAGGUCCGGAUUCUGCGUGGGCUCGGAGCCAUCCAGCCUGGCGUCAAUCGCUGCAAACUCAUCACUAGGAAAGACUUCGAGGCGCUAUAUACCGACUGCACCAACGCCAGCUCCCGGCCGGGCCGCCCCCCCAAGCGCUCCUUGGGCGUCACCAUGCAGGAAAGCUCUCGUCUGCUCCCUCACGGCGUGCAUGGCCUGCUGUCCCCCGGCCUGCUGUCCCCCACAGGGCUGACGGCGGCCGCCAUGGCUGAAGCCAUGAAGCUGCAGAAGAUGAAGCUGAUGGCUAUGAACAACCUGCACAGCACGGGCAGCCAGAACGGCACAGAAUCUGAGAAUGAGGAGCUCAACUCCAAUGCAGGUGGCAGCGAAUCCUCCUGGGAUAAAGAGAAGCUGCAGUCUCCCCCCAGCAGCGCCCCCCAGCACGGCCUGGGUCACAGCGGCCUGUCAGUCCAGCACGGCCUCUCUGGCUCGCACCUUAGCUCCCUGCAGCAGAACCACCUGCUGGCCAGCCGACUGGACCUCCCGUUCAUGAUGAUGCCACACCCCCUCCUUCCUGUCAGUCUGCCUCCUGCAUCGGUUGCCAUGGCGAUGAACCAGAUGAACCACCUGAACACGAUUGCGAACAUGGCCGCCGCUGCUCAGAUGCAUAGCCCCCUGUCCCGAGCCGGGGGCUCCGUCAUCAAGGAGUGUGUCCAGGACAGCCCCUCUCCAGCCCCCUCCCUGGAGGACCCACCUCGCCUUGGCUCCCAGCCUUCCUCACACCCCAGCAGCAGCGCCUCCAGCUCCCCUGCACCCCACCAGCAAACCCCAGACCGGCUGGUGCUGAACCCCCCCGACGGGGAACUUGGAGACCGAGAGGGAGGGCUGCACAUGAAGAAGAUCCUCAAAGAGAAAGACGAGGUCCAGCUGUCCCUGCCUAUGAUGAAGCCCGGAUUUGACAAACUGCCCCUGGGGGGCCAGGCCCUGCCCCCGGGCUUCCCCGCCCCCUUCCUCUUCGCCGACGGCCUGUCCUCCGUGGAAACACUUCUAACUAACAUCCAGGGCCUACUGAAGGUGGCGGUGGACAACGCCCGCGUGCAGGAGAAGCAGGUGCAGCAGGAGAAGAAGGAGCUGAAGAUGGAGCUGUACAGAGAACGGGAGAUGAGGGAGAACCUGGAGAGGCAGCUCAGCUCAGAGCUGCACAGCCGGGCCACCAUCCAGAAGCGGCUGAAGAAGGAGAAGAAGGCGAAGAGGAAACUGCAGGAGGCGCUAGAGUUUGAGUCCAAGCGCCGGGAGCAGGUGGAGCAGGCGCUGAAGCAGGCCACCUCCCCGGAGAGCCUCCGAAUGAGCCUCAACGAGGCCGUCAUACCGGAGGUGGAGGCCGAGCACAACGGGAGCCAGCAGGAGAGCCCGACUGUACAGGAAAACAGACCCUUCAUCAAGCCACCAAUAAUGUACUGAGGGGAGGGGUCCCCCAUUACCGGCCCGCCCCCUCCGGCCCGGACAGCGGGGAGCUCGGCGCAGGACGGUAGCUUCACCCUGCUAACGGACUCCCUGGCUGGGAGGAGGUGCCGGGGGGUGGUGGCAGGGGGUGUUCCAGAACUUUCUCCUGAAGACCACCCUCGGGAGAGGGGACCGUGCCCCAUGUCACCGCAGAAAACCCAUCGCAUAGUGUCCCUCACUGGUACUCCAUCACGUUGCUAUGACAACUUGUAAAGAUGUUUUACGGUAUUUCCUUUAACCUGUUUUUGUUUGUCUGUCAAGAAAAUGGACCUUUUAAAAAUGAAUGAACAUUCUCGGAUUGUUCCGGAUUGUUCCGGUCUCCCCGUGAAGCACACUCAGAGCUCUCCCUCUUCUCCUUCUCAGUGAGCUGAAGUGUUUCCUUUACUUUUGCUGUCAUCAUUUGUUUAUUAUUAUUUUCUGCCUGCUUCUUUUUUUCCGGGAAGUACUAGAGACCGUCUGUAGGCAGCACAGUGGUACUGUGAAGGUGCACAGGCCGUCGCAGUGCGUCAGGGAGUGGGAGGAGCUCCAGAGGGUCAGAAGGAGGAAUGGAGAGCGUAAAGGAGAAAAGAAACGCGAUCUUAAAAACAGAAGCUGAAAUGUGCUCGUCUUUAGCCUGCUGUCUAUUCUAGGUCUUUCCGCUCUAAGCGACUAAAUGAUGAAGAUUUUGUGGGAAAGGGAUUUUUUUUUUCCUCUCUCUCUCUCUUUUCACUUUUUUGGAAAAUAGUAAUGUAGAAAAAACAAACUUUAUCUACCGUUAGCUGACUGACACGCUAAUGCGCCCCCCCCCCCUUUCUGUACAUCACUGCGGAGGGGCUCAUUAACUUGUUUAUUUGGUUUGUUUGUUUUCGGUGUAUUUUAAUCAAGGCUCAGUUCUGGAGGUGAAAGAGGAGUUUGUCGAUGCAUCCUGUAGAACCCUAGUAACGGUUUCUCUGUUGUACUGUAUUCAGUUUGAAAAAUCUUUGUUGAAAUGUUCUUGCUAAAAAAUACAGUAUUACAAUAAUCCC